GUGGCUUUAAAAAGGAUUGGUUACAGCCUGCUCAGCCUAGCCUAAGGCGUGAGGUGAACGGUCAUGGUGAGGAUGGAAAUGAGCUACAGACGACACCAGAGUUCAGAGCACAUGUUGCGAAGAAACUGGGAGCAAUGCUAGACAGUUUCAUCACUGUCUUGAAGGACUCAUCAGGACCUUCACAAAGUUCUGUGCAACAGUCUGACUCUGCAGGUGAUGGUUUUCGCCUCUUCUCUUCCUCUGUCCCAGGAGACUGUGGGAAAUCGGAGCCUUGCCCCGCAGCAAGGAGGAGACAGCCAUCUAGCUCUAGUGACGUGGACAGUGACCAAGAGUGGCAAAAGUACCAGGAGGCUGCUGUGUCAGCCGCAGACAUUCUGAAGCAAAGUGCUUUUCCUGCACUGUCCCAGGAAUCCAGCCAGGAUCAGAGUCAGAGUUAUGUAAAGCACAGCCAGAAAAAAAAGAAGAAAAAGAAAAUUAGGGGAGAGUACAAUAUUCAAGAGAAAAUAAUAGACCCAGCAGAGUGUGACCAGAUCAGCAAAGAUUUGCCACGGUUGGUGUCUGCAAAUGGACAGCAUGAGAGACAGGACCACAAUUGUACAGAGAACACAGUGUUGCCAGGAGUUGCGAAGAAGAAAAAGAAAAAGAAAAAAAGAGAAUGA